UAUAUAAAUUCAUUCAAGAGUGUUGUAAUCCCAAAAAACCUGUUACUCUUUACUGUACAUUUUCUUCUCAGGCGUUGACUUCAGUCCAACGAAUUGAUGGAUUCUCCUUCUUUUUCUUCUCCUCCUUCCUCUCCUUCUCCUUCUUCUUUAUCCUCCAAUUCCCGAUUCAUGCACGACGUGUUCAUCAAUUUUAGACGAGAAGACACUAGCAAAACUUUCGUUUCUGAUCUCGAUGUUGCUCUCUCCAAAGCCGGGGUCGAAUCAUACAUCGAUUAUCACCUCCACAAGGAAACCGAUCUGGAUUCUGAACUACUGGGAGCAAUAGAAGAUGCUCGUAUAUCUAUCAUUGUCUUCUCCAAAAAUUAUGCAGAAUCUAGUUGGUGUCUUAACGAGCUGGAAAAAAUUAUGGAAUGCCGCAAAAUUCUUGGCCAAUUUGUUGUCCCUGUAUUUUAUGAUGUUAACCCUUCCGAUGUUCGUCACCAGAGGGGUGAUUUUGGACAAGUUUUGAGCGAUACUGCAAAAGAAGUACACUUUCGUUCGGAAGGAGAAGAAAAAAUGGAAAAUGUGUUGUCAAAUUGGAGCUCUGCACUCUUCGAAGCUGCUAAUUUGUCUGGUUGGCAUGUCCCUAAUUACAGGUAUCAAGAUGAACUAGUGCAGCAAAUUGUUGAGGCUGUUUUGAGAAAGCUGCAAAGAGAAUCUUUGUUUAUUGCCUCAUUUCCAGUUGGACUGGAGUCCUAUGUGGAAGAAGUGACUGACAUUAUAGAAAAUCAUUCUGGCCAAGUUUGCUUGAUAGGGAUCUGCGGAAUGGGUGGAUCCGGUAAAACAACCGUAGCCAAAUCCAUCUAUAAUCAAAUUCAUUGGGGUUUUAUGAAUAGAAGUUUCAUUGCAAAUGUUAGAGAAGUUUGUGAGCAAAAUAACGGGAUUAUUCAGUUACAACAACAAUUACUUUCAAAUAUCAAGAAAAAAAAAGUGAUGAUAGAUAGCGUAGAAUCAGGGGAAAUGAUGAUCAAUGAUCUUCAGGACACUAAAGUACUCGUUGUACUCGAUGAUGUGACCACAUUUGAACAGCUAAAAGCGCUAUGUGCAAAUUUUAGAUUGUUUGGUCCAGGAAGUGUAUUCAUUGUUACUACUAGAGAUGCAGGCCUGCUUAAGCUCGUUAACGCGGACUAUGUCUGCACAAUGAAGGAAAUGGAGGUAGAUGAGUCCCUUGAGCUUUUCAGCUGGCAUGCUUUUAGACAGCCUAUUCCAAAGAAACAAUUCAGUGAACUCUCGAGGAAAGUAGUUGCUUAUUGCGGAGGAUUACCAUUGGCUCUUGAAGUCCUUGGUUCUAACUUAUAUGGGCGGUCAAAAGAAGAUUGGAAAAAUGUGCUCUUUGGAUUUAGCAGAAUUCCUAAUCGUGAUAUGCAAAAGAUAAUGAGACUAAGUUAUGAUGGUUUAAUGCAUGAUAUGGAAAAGGAUAUGUUUCUAGAUAUAUGUUGUUUCUUUAUAGGUAAGGACAUAUCCUAUGUUACGGAAAUACUAAAUGGCUGCGGAUUUCUGGCUGAUAUUGGGAUAGCCGUCCUUGUAGAGCGGAGCCUUGUAAAAAUUGAGAAGAAUAACAAGCUUGGAAUGCAUGAUUUGAUAAGAGACAUGGGAAGAGAAAUUGUUCGCGAACAGUCAGCUAUAGAGCCUGGGAAGCGUAGUCGAUUGUGGUUUCACGAGGAUGUACAUCAGAUUUUGACCACAAAUUCUGGAACAAAAGUUGUAGAGGGACUGGUUUUGAAGUUGGAAAGUGCUGUGAGAGUUCGCUUCAAUACUAAUUCUUUCAAGAAGAUGAGGAAGCUCAGACUUCUACAACUUGAUGGUGUUGACCUCAAUGGAAAUUAUGGGAACCUUUCUAAAAAACUGAGAUGGCUUCAUUGGCGAGGAUUUACCUUGGACUAUAUACCUGAUGAAUUUUAUCAAGGAAAUCUAGUUGUUAUCGACUUAAAAUACAGCAAUAUUAAAAAAGUUUGGAAUAAAACCCAGGUGCUAGUGAAUCUAAAAAUUCUCAAUCUUAGUCAUUCGAGAUACUUGAAAAGAGGCCCAGACUUUUCAAAAAUACCAAAUCUUGAAAAGCUCAUAAUGAAGGAUUGUCCAUCUUUGUCCAAAAUACACCCAUCCAUUGGAGAUCUCAACAAUAUUCUUCUGAUAAAUUUGAAGGACUGUACAAGCCUUAGCCAUCUUCCAAAGAAGAUGUAUCAACUGAAAUCUUUGGAAACUCUCAUCCUUUCGGGUUGUUCAAAGCUUGACAAGUUGGAAGAAGACAUAAUGCAAAUGGAAUCCUUGGUGACGCUGAUUGCAGACAAUACAGCUGUUAAAGAAGUGCCCUUUUCAGUAGCAAGAUCGAACAUCGAUUAUAUAUCCCUAAGUGGAUAUGAAGGACUCUCACGCGAUGUUCUUCCUUCUCUCAUUUGGUCUUGGAUGUCACCAACCAUGAGGUCUCUUCCCUAUAUUUCCCCAUUUAGGAACAUUACAUAUUAUCUAGCUUCUAUCAAUGAACAGAAAAAUAACUUGGGCUUUCUAUCACCAACGGUUAGCAACCUUUUACAACUGAGAAUAAUAGGGGUACGAUUCCGCUCAAAGAUUCAACUUACUCAAGAGUUACGAAGAAUUCUUGAUGAUCAAUAUGAUGUUAGAUUUACCGAAGUGGAAACAUCACAUGCACCACAAAUCUCAAAUCUUUCCCUGAGAUCACUUUUGAUUGGAAUGGGAAGUUUCCACAUGGUUAUCGAUACUCUUAGCAAGAGCAUAUCACAGGGAUUAACAACCAAUGAUUCUGGUGAAUAUUUCCUUCCGGGGGACAAUUAUCCUUCUUGGUUAGCCUAUACAAGUGAAGGAUCUUCCGUACAUUUUCAAGUGCCUGAGGAUAGUGAUUUCUGCAUGAAGGGAAUAACUUUAUGUGUUGUUUAUUCAUCAACAUCUGAAAACAUGGCUGCUGAAUGUCUCGCCAGUGUUAUUAUAAUUAACUACACUAAAUUCACCGUUCAUACAUACAAGCGAGAUACAAUAAUGUCCUCUAACGAUGAAGAUUGGAAGAACGUAGCAUCAAAUCUAGGACCUGGCGACAAUGUGGAGAUAUUUGUAGCUUUUGGGCAUGGGUUGAUUGUUAAGAAGGCAGCUGUCUAUCUAUUAUAUGACCGGUCAAUUACUAUGGAAGUUUCUGCUGAUGAGAAAGACGGUUCGAUGAAUGAUGUUGUUCCUAUGUUUGGUUUGUGGAGUUGUGAUUAUAAAAAGGAUGAAACAAGUAAAAGAUACCAGGAAAUUCUGAAUCAAUCAGAGAAAGCUGAUGAGAUAGAGGUUUUGGGGAAUGAUGUUUACGGCAACAAAAGGUUGGCUUCUGCAGCUGCAGCCUCUCAUGAACAUGGACAGAUUUAUGGUGUUAUGGAUGAGUUGGAAAAACUUAAGAGCUCUGUUGAAUGCUUAAGAUUUGAGCUCCUUGAUGCACAGGAGAAACAGGAACAAUAUUAUGUUGUGCAAAGAAGGCUCGAAGAUGUGCUUCAUCUUGCAGAUGACUUACUAGAUGAGUUUGUUAUUGAAGGUAUGAGAUACAAAGUGAAUGCAGGUGAUAAGAAAAAGAUGUCACGGGUAUUUCGUUCAUUAUCUUUGAACCAUACUUAUCUUCGCCGAACAAUGGUUCCUAAAUUUGAAAAAAUAAAAAAAAUGUUUGAUGAUGUGGCGGCAGAAAUAGCUAAGUUGAAUUUAAGCCCAAAAGCUGCGGUGAUUAAGCAAACUGACAGCUUAAGGAACAAAUCUAUUUUGUUUUUGUUAGAAUCAGAUAUCGUUGGAAGAGAAGAUGAUAAAAAGGAAAUUAUAAAUCUCUUGAGGCAACCACGUGGAAAUAUAUCAUCCAUUGCUAUUGUUGGUAUGGGAGGUAUAGGCAAGACAGCUCUUGCUCAGUUCGUAUAUAAUGAUGUGGAAGUGCAAAAUCAUUUUGAAAAAAAAAUGUGGGUAUGUGUAUCUCGUAACUUUGAUGUCAAGACUAUUGUGAAGAAAAUGUUGGAGUCAUUAAUCGAUUGCAAAAUUGAUGAUAAGUUAUCCAUUGAAUACAUACAACAUAAACUUCAUGAAAAUUUAGCUGGUGAAAGGUAUUUGUUAGUCUUGGAUGGCAUUUGGUAUUCUAGUCAUGAAAACUGGACUCAAUUGAGAACUUAUUUGAUGUGCGGUGCUGAAGAUAGUAAGGUUUUAAUGACAACUCGUGAUAGCAGUCUGGCAGAGAGACUGGAAGCAAGCGACCUCUAUUUUUUGAGUGGUUUGACUCUAGAUGUAUCUUGGAGUAUUUUAAAGAAAAUGAUAUUUAGGAAUGAAACCAAUGGAGUGGAUCAAAAACUUGAAUCAAUUGGUAAACAAAUAGCAGAAAAGUGCAUGGGACUUCCACUAGCAGUUAGAACACUGGGCGGCCUAUUACAGUGUAAAAGUGAAGAAACGGAAUGCAUGGAUGUCUUACAAGGAGUGUUUUCGGAAUUAGCCGAACACAGAGAAAGCAUCAUACUACCAAUCUUGAAAAUGAGUUACCAAAGUUUAUCACCUCGGUUAAGACAAUGUUUUUCUUAUUGCUCUUUAUUUCCUAAGGAUUGGGAAAUCGAGAAGGAUCUAUUGAUUCAACUUUGGAUGGCACAGGGUUAUCUUCAAUGCUCAAAUGAAAAGGAACUCAUGGAAGACACUGGUGAAGAAUUUGUGAAGAUUUUCUUGAUGAGGUCAUUUUUCCAAGAUGCAAAAGUGGGUGAAGAUGGUGAUAUAGUUAGUUUCAAAAUGCAUGAUUUAAUGCAUGAUCUUGCAAUGCAAGCAGCUGGCAGUGACUGUUGUCACUUGGACAGUGUAAUAAAAAGCCGUGUACGAAGAGCCAUGCAUGUAUCGCUGGAAGCCAAUGCAGUUCAUUUGUUAGACUCAUUUGAUGGAAGCAGGUUGCGAACUUUGAUUUUGCUGUCUUCCGAUGAGGAGGAAUUGAAUGAGGAUGAAUUGUCAGUCAUUUCAAAAUUCGAACAGUUGCGUGUCUUGAAGCUGUCGAAUUGUUCUUUAAGCAAGUCUUCUAGAUCAAUUGGAAAAAUGAAACAUUUAAGAUAUCUUAACUUGUCAAAUUGUAGAGGACUGGGAAGUCUUUACAAAUCCUUGAGCAGUCUUGUUUUGUUACAAACACUAACAUUGACACCUAAUGAAAAAGUGGAGCUUUCUACAAAGGUUGUAUCAAAAUUGAUCAAUUUGAGACACCUUCACAUCUCUGAUUGGGAAGCCUCCAGAGAUAAGACACCAUUUGGAUUUGUAAAACUGAGCAUUUGGCAGCAUAAGAGGAUGAAUUUUUCAAGGUGGCUUUCUCCACUGACAAAUAUUGUUGAAAUAUCUUUCUUUUUGUGUGGAAGUCUCCAGUUUCUCCCACCAUUGGAGCGUCUCCCGUUCCUUAAGUCACUUCAUAUAGGUUUCCUUGAAGAACUGGAGUACAUAUAUUAUGAACAAGAUUUUUCUUCCGUGUUCUUUCCAUCUCUAAAGAGCCUCUCUUUGCAGUUUUGUUACAAGUUGAGGGGAUGGAGGAAGAUGGGAGAUGAUUUCAAUAAUACUAACUCUUCACAAAAUCUCUUCUUGCCUGCCUUUCCUCGUUUGUCUCAAUUAUCAAUCAUAGGAUGUUUGAAGUUGACUUGCAUACCUGCCUUUCCAAAUCUUGAAAUCGGAUUGGAAUUGUAUGAUAGUAGUGUGGAAACAUUGGUAACAACACUGAACAAGGAAGCAUUGAAUGGCUUCCCUGCUCUUUCCAUGCUCAAAUCCUUGCAUAUUGACGGAGUGAGCCUGGAUGUGAAAAGUAUCCCGAGUGAUUGGAUGAAAAAUCUCACUUCUCUCCAGUUUCUUCAUAUUAAUUGGUUUUCAUCUCAAACAUUCCGGGAUACAGAAACUUGGUUUGAGAACAACUCCGAGUGUCUUCCUUCUCUACAAAUAAUUGGCUUUCAUAAUUGUGAAGAGGUAGAGGUAUUGCCUGAUUGGAUCUGCAACCUCUCAUCGCUUCAGCAUCUGAAGAUGCAUGAUUGCAUCAAUUUAGCAUCACUGCCCAAUAGAAUGUCCAGUCUAACCAACUUACAGACCCUAGAAAUCAUUGGAUGUCCCCUCGUAGUUGAAGAAUGCCAGAAACAAACGGGUGAAACUUGGGACAAAAUUUGUGAUACGCCUUUAACGCAUGUGUAUGAGUGGAGGGGUAAAAAGGGAAAUAGGGAGGAAGGGGUAAGGAUUGAAAGGAGGAAUGAUGAAGUGGGGGUGGAAUUGGGAGGGAAAAUAACUAAUUACUCAGGGGGCAGUAAGAGAGUGGAGGAAGGGAUUGAAGAAAUCAGUGAACACACACAGAAGAGAAUAAAGGGAGACCUGACGUAUGGUGUGAGGCAUUCAAGAAGCAGUUUGGUGGCUGAGCAGUCAGAGUCAUUGUUAUUAUGAGAAUAUUAGUAUCUUCAUUUACCAAUUUGUAAGGAGCUAGUCUUCAUUCCAUCUUAGUACUAUUUUUCAUUGUAAGAAGUUAGUCACAAUCUUCAAUAUGCAUCUAUUCCAUUACUUCCGGCUAUUACACUUUUGUUAUCUGUUAUCACUGUUUUGGUCUAUCAUACAAUAUAAAAAAGCAAGAUGAGUUCUUUGGCAAAUUUGCCAAGUGUCACUCUCUUAUGCAUUCUCACAA